GGCUGUCAGAAUGAGUGCACGGCUGGAGGAUGUUCAGGAGAAACUGGAAAGCAUAUGGCUGACUCUUUCAAGGCUUCAGACUUGAUUAUCACCCCAGCUACGACUUUCAAGGAAAAACCAGACCCCAGUGGUUUGGUAUUUGGAACUGUGUUCACUGAUAAUAUGCUGACAAUUGAAUGGUCCUUGGCUUCUGGAUGGGAGAAACCUUAUAUUAAACCACUUGAGAACCUUUCAUUGCAUCCAGCCUCCUCAUCUCUCCAUUAUGCUUUAGAAUUGUUUGAAGGAAUGAAAGCUUACCGAGGAGUGGAUGGCAAAAUCCGCCUGUUCCGGCCAACCCUCAACAUGGAGAGGAUGGCACGAUCAGCAAGACGAGCAACUCUGCCACAUUUUGACCAGAAUGAGCUUCUAGAGUGCAUUCGGAAGCUUGUGGAAGUGGAAAAGGAGUGGGUCCCGUACUCAACCACUGCCAGCCUUUACAUCCGUCCUACCUUAAUUGGAACUGAGCCUUCCCUUGGAGUGAAGAAGCCAACUAAAGCCCUACUGUAUGUCAUACUGAGCCCUGUGGGCCCUUACUUUGCAAGUGGAAGCUUUAAUCCAAUAUCCUUAUGGGCAGAUCCAAAGUAUGUAAGAGCCUGGAAAGGAGGAACAGGGGACUGCAAACUGGGAGCGAAUUAUGGUUCUUCUGUUUAUGCCCAGCAAGAAGCCCUGGAGUUUGGCUGCCAGCAGGUUUUGUGGCUGUAUGGAGAAGAUCACCAAAUAACUGAAGUUGGAACAAUGAAUCUGUUUCUCUACUGGAUAAAUGAAGACGGAGAAAAUGAGCUGGCAACCCCACCUUUAGAUGGCAUCAUUCUUCCAGGAGUGACAAGACAAAGUAUUUUGGAUCUGGCAUGCAAUUGGGGAGAAUUUAAAGUGUCUGAACGAUACAUCACCAUGAGUGAUUUGACAGCUGCCUUGGAAGAGGACAGAGUGAAGGAGAUGUUUGGUGCUGGAACAGCCUGUGUUGUAUGUCCUAUCUCUAAAAUUUUAUAUAAAGGCAAGCACUUGCACAUUCCAACUAUGGAGAAUGGACCUCAGUUAACAACCCGUUUCCUGAAUAAGUUGAGUGAUAUCCAGUAUGGAAGAGAAGACAGCGAUUGGGCAGUGUUGGUCUCAUGAAGGUGGAAGAGUUCAGACCCUCCAGACGGAACAGACAUGAAUAAUGAUAACUUCUGUAGCUGUCUGUGCGUAGCAUAGUUCCUGUAUCCGUUUGUUCCCAGGAUGAUUGUUUCCACAAUCCAGCAAAUGUGAACACAAUCAUUUUGAUUUCUACUGUAAUCCUGUUGGUAGACACCUGUCUUGGUAGAGGUGCUAAAUGUUAGCAAUAGAACUCUCCUAAUGGUUUUUUUUAGAGCCUCCUUGUGUCUUAUCUACAGUCUGAAAACUUGUAAAAUGCUCUUCAACUGCUCUUCAGUUUGGUUUGUUUUGACUGCCAUCAUCAGCAGAGCACCUUGUCAUAUAACACAAAGAUGCCUGUUAGCUGGGCACAGCGUUCUAUUGACAUUAUUCUGCCUUUUGUUUUGUGUUUGGGAAACAAUUAAGUUUA